AUAUUUGCAUGAAUAAAACAAUGCAAACUUAACAGGAUAAGCUCUUAAAAUGAAACAGAAAUACUGCAUUCAUGUUCACCAAAUUUCUUUUUUCCUUUCACAGAUACUGCCUUGGAAGCUUUGUCGUAUUCAUCUUUUAUUGUCGAUAUUUCGUCAAAAAUUGGCGCCUUCUUAACAAAUUCGAACAUGGCUUUGAGCACUGCAACUUCAAUCAUUUCUACUGCGCCUGCAAACUAUUCUACAAGCAAAAAGCUACAAUUUCUUUUCUUUUCAUACUCUACUGCGUCUGCGGCUGCGGCUGCGCUAUCUUCUCUUUCUUCGCCUUAUUUGAAUCUAGAAAUAGCAGACUCUAGAAUGAGCACUUUACCAAUUCCAGACAAUGUUAAAUUAUAUACGGUUAGUUUACCUGAGCAAAAUAAUGUUUUAGAAACAUUUUCUAUGAAGCCGUCAUACACUACAACAUCAUUAGUCCCUCUUUUUAAUUUAAUGCGUUCUGUUUUGCUUAGUCCGAAAAACUCAGGACCUUACGAUAUCGAUGUAAAAACAGAAAUGUUUGACAAGCAAGGAAAUACUCGAUUCACAACUUCUGUAUCAACUACAGGUGUCUCUAAUUUUAUUCAAUUUGAAAAUAAUAGUAUCAAUACAAGGUCAGAACAUCAUUCAGUUGAGCCCAGUCUCAUGUUUUCGUCCAUUACUCCAGUAUUCUCCCUUCAAGGAUCGUCUGAGCAAAAACACCCAGACAGUAGAAAACACAGUCGGAUAACAGACACAAAUGAUUCACAACCAAUAACAUUAAAAGGAUACGCCGAAAAAGAAAGUUCGCUAAAAUCUAACGUGAAUUCAGUGUUACUGAGCAUCAACAACAGAGAUAAUUUGUCUUCGAAAUACAAACCAAGACCAACUACAGAAGAAUACGGACUCCAAUCCUCUUUUUCAUCAGAAUAUAUAGUUAAUGUAGAAACUAUACAGACGCAAGCCACAUUGGGUGAAUCAACUUAUGAUAAUAUAAAAAAUAAUAAUGGUGGCUUUGAAUCCGCUGUUGUGUAUUCAUCUAGUUUGUAUAAAUCAAUUACAACUGAUGGUUUUGCUGCAAAUGAAUAUAGUUUUCGUCAACUAUCAUCCAACAUAUUAGAUCAAUUUGGAAAUUCAUCAAGAAAUAAUAUCGAUAUUACAAAAACAUUGAACGAUGUAAUAGAAACUUCUGAUCUACAAUAUAUAUUCACCAAGUACUCAAUGAAAGACAAUAUGGCCAGUUCAUUCGAAAAAUACUCUAAUGUUACUACAAAUAUUCCAACUAUGAACCAUAGCAAUGAGACCAGAUUUGAUAUUCACAAUUAUAUAACCGGAUCUUCAGUGUAUAAAGUGCGUUCCAAUGAAGUGUUAGACACUAUAUCAAAACAUGGGGUUUCAAUUGUAAACGAAGGCCGUACUACUUAUUCAAUCAUUAGAACUACAAUAGAUAUGAGUCAGGUUUCAUCAGCAAAUGAAACGUUCACAGACAUAAACGAAUUAACAAAUAAUGGAAAUCUGACAAGAUAUACAAGAAGUGUAUCUUUAAACAGGAUGAAACAGUCUAUUAACCUUAAAAGAAAGGAGAUUUUGUCUACAAAAUCCGUUUUGUACAUGGAUGGAUCACUGAAAAAUAACAUCGCUGAAUUUACAAACCAAGAUACCACCAAUACAAGGGAUGUAUAUAUUGGAAGUAUUAACACUCAGAAUGCAGACCAAUCGAAUGAUAAAAUAUCGGUGUAUAAGCUUUCGGAUGAUGACAUUGAAGUUACAACUUUAAGCACAAUUUUGGAAAAUACGAAAACUCACACGAGCCUCAUUGGGGAUGUGGAUCUUAAUUUCGAUUCACCUCGAGUAGUUGAUAAUGAGGAACUUCGUAUUUCUCUUUCAAAAACGUCAGUAAAUUUGUAUCACACUCUUUCGAAAGAUUCGUCACCAGUUGUUAAUGUGGUUACGAAUAUACACAGUUUUCAAAUUGAUCGUACUACACCGCUAGUACUAAACAACACUGAUGAUAAAUCCUUAUCAAUCAACGCAACUUCAACACAUCAGUAUUUGCAUUUUGAAACUUUGAAUAUGACACAUAAUGUGUUGAACUCUAUGUCAAUUGAACAAAAUAUUAAUCCUAAUUCUUCGUACUUGACCAGUUUAAGGUUAUCCAAUAGUAAUACCAGCGGCACUGGAAACCUCUUUUUAAAAUAUACAAAUGUACAGAGUAGGAGUCUGAGAACUCAAACUCAGAAAGACAAUUUCUCAAAUAUUUCAAACGAUUUAACGCAUCAAUUAAAUAUUUCUACUUUAACAAACAAAUUAUCACAUGGUGAAGCAUUUUCAUCUGAGUUGCGUUCCCUCUUUCUACAUCCAUCUUUUGCCAAAUUAAAAGACAUUGUCAACACCGAUAAUACCAUUCAACUUCACAGAACACCUAAUAAAGCCUUUGACGAAAAAUUAAUAAAUCAUACCUUUAAAUCUAUUAUAAAAUUACCAAAAUCGAACAUUGUCAAUACGACGAACAAUAGCUUCAAUCAAACGGCAGAAAUAAAGCCUAACGUUACUUACAGUCAAAAAAUAUUUACAAAGUUGUCUAAAGAGAGUUAUAAUUUUAGUCCUAAUUCUAAUAUUACAGUAGAAAGGUAUACCGAUACAAUAAAUGUAUCGUCGCUGUCAACCACAAUGACAAAACUAUCACAAAACGCGCUACCGGAAGUCAACUCUACUGCUUCAGGCAAAAAUAUGCUCACCGAAGCAAUUCUCGAAUCUGCAUCUACCAACAUCAGUAUGGUUCCAAUGGAAAACACCAAUGAACCAACAUUGCUAACAACUACAUUUGAAACCAUAGGGACGACUUUUACAUCGGCUACUGAUUUUGACUCAAGAAUGAAUAAUUCAACAGAGGGUUUUGCAUUUCAGAAUACAAUAACAACAGAUUUACUACCUAUAUCCAAAAGCGAAAUCAGGAAUAAUACUUAUAAAGUCUCAUCACAAUUUGAAUCUCAAAAUGAAGAAGCAGAGACAUUAGUUGAUGCUUUGAAAAUCCCGUCAAACCAAUUGUAUGUGUCAAUAUUUGAUAACAUGGUGAUGAAAACUGCACCAAUAUUUAAUUUUGAUGAUACCAUAACUAUGGAAACGAUGGUAUUAACAUAUGAAAACAAACUACUUAAAUUUACAAUGCCCUCUGUAUACGAGGAUACUCUACUAGAAACAAGUCACAUAAUCAAUAUAAAGGACAACCAUACGGACAUCAUAUUGAAACAUGAAUUUAGGACAUUCACGACGGAGGCACAACCCACCUCUAGAUUUGAGAACAAUGAAGUAGAUUAUUCAAGUAGCUCUUUAUUUGAGACCAAAGAUGAUGAAGCUGUACCAAUAUCUCCAAUUGCUUAUACUGAGCUUGGCGCUACGGGAAAUCUUGAUUCACAUAAGAUGCGGAUGAAUAAUAAGUUAUCAUCUUCCUUUUUAGAUACGUUUAUGAGAGCUAAGGAAACAUCUGCAACUACAACUAGGCUACCGGAAUUAAAGGCUCCAUUUCAAACACAGAUACCAGAUAAUUUCAUUACAAACGAACCAAAUGAUGCCACAUUUCAGCUUAGUUCAAUGUUCAAUCAACUGACCGAUAUAGCACAUCACCUUACAACAUCGAUUAUAAACGAAUUGCCAAGUUCAAAUUUGAACUCUGAAGAAUAUUUAAGCAAGAAUAUUGAUCAAAAUCCGUAUGCAUCGCAUCAUUUAUUAUAUCCAAGUCUAAUAGACAAUGGCAUCAUCAGUAAUCAUAUGUCAAAAGAAGAACUUACAAACCCGUCUGAGAUAGUUAAUGUGAAAACAUAUAUUCAUAGAUUACUCAAGGAACCAAUUAUAAAACAUUUGAACGCCGAUUUAUUUGUAAGCUUGGUACCAACGACAACACUAUUUAUGAACCGUCAAGAUGAGGACAAAAUGACACGUUUCGAAUCAAGAAUGACAACAAAUAUCCCAAAUGUAACACCAAUGUUACCGGAAGCUGACUUCCCAGGAGAGAAACCCGAUAAACCUGAGGUUAUUAGAAGCGGCGUCGAUCAGCUCAUCUUACCAAUAUCUAUAGUUGGCGUUUUUCUUGUGAACGUCAUUGCUGCAAUCAUUGUAUUAGUGUGUAGACGUAAACGGCGUUCAGAUCGAGCACGAAACCUCGAUGAAGCAAAGAAAAGGAAACUAGCAGAAGAGCAGAAACAGAAACACAGGUUUAAGAUACCACGCCCUAAUGUCCACCCUCCAGAAUACUCAAAUAUCGUUGACAAUUCUAGCAGUGAUAGCUCGACAUAUUACAACUAUCUAAAUACGGGGUUCUCUAGUUUUCACGAGGAAACUGACACGUACGAGGAAAUCGACAAAAAGGUCUUAAAAGGAAGUUUGUAGUAAACGAAAGAUCACAGGGCGUAACAUGAAUGUGUUUCCUGCAAUACUACCAAUUCAGUAUUAGCUAAAAGUACACGAGAGUGUCGUUUGAAAGGUCACGUGUAACAAGGUGACGAUAAUAAUUCAAGAACAAUAUAAAGUGUUUAUAUAUAGAGCAAAAGACACAUGGAAGUGUGAAAUUGGAUGUAAAUAUGCAAUAUGAUUGAUGGGCUAUAUGAAUAUAUGUAAUAAUUAUGUAAAUACGUAAAAUUAUGUGCGUUGUUUGUGGCGGAAUGUUUCAAAGCGUAAGUCAGAAACUAUGAUCAUCCGAACAAUGAAAGGUUGAAAGUUUAAAUGAAAAGUGCAAAUCCGAAACUAGGCUCAUCCCAAAUAUGAAAAGUUGUAUGUUGAGGGAAGAGGUGACAAUCCGAAACUAUCAUCAUCCAAAACAAUUGAAAGGUAUAUGACCUGUGAAUGAUGCAAAUGUAUUUGAUGGUAAAAAACAGAAUAUGGUUAAUAAUACACGACAUGUGGCGUACAAAUGUACAUGACGAUGCAUUGUGUUAACUGUACAUUUAUUGUGUCCUACGUUCAGUGACCAACUACCCAAUAUAAUGUCUGUGCUUUUACAUAGAUUGUUAUUUGAUAGACAAUGUAUAUCAUGUGUCUAAGCUAACUAACUAACGAGAAUAUGUGUAGUUGAAUAUAUAACCCGAUAAUGUAUUUAUCGUAUGCUGAGUUUUUUUUAUGUAAUUCUGUAUGUCAUCAAAUAUAUGAAUUUUAUGUUUCAAAGUUUGAUUAUCAGCUUGUUUUAAAAUAACUCUAAAAGCAAAAUGCUAACGCAUUUUUAUAACUUUUAUAAAGUUAAAGUACAGUGUAUUUGACUAUUGAAGUCAGUAACCUGAAAAAGCGAAAUGUUUACACUUUUAUCAUAAAUGAGUUUGUUCAGUAAGACCCCUUUUUGGCCCCAAAAUAUAGCAGUUUUAGAAAAUUGUGAAAAUGUUAUCUUUAAGCUAUAUAUUGGAAAGUGAAACGUUUCUGCUACACAUAUAUAUGAGCUGUUUUUGACAAUAUAAUGCACACAUACCGCGUUCUAGCAUUAUUAAGUCAUGCUAAAUUACUGAAAUCUUUAAAAUUUUAGCAUUUUGGUUAAUUUUUAGACGGUUUCCGUCUAAAAUGAAAGUGGCCGCAUUCGUGUUCAUUCAUAAUAUUGAAAUGUAAGUUGUAUUUGAUGAUAAUACAAAACAUAUAUAAAGGUUGAGGAUGAACACGGGUGCGGCCACUUUCAUUUUCCCCAAAAAACAUCUGAAAAGUGACGUUUUUUGGCAUAUUUAAUAGAUUUUUCAUAUUUAGGCUUGAAUCAGAGCGUUUUUAAUGACUAAAUCAGUUAAAAAAAUUCACAUACACUAAUCGAAUCAUUUGAAAUAUACACUUAAGUGUUUAAAAAGUGUCCAAAAACCUUUUUAGAUGAACCUGAAAUGUGAGGCCAAAAUCGGCCUUACCGGACCUACUCCUUUUAUUAAGCUAAUGUACAUUUGAUGACUAAUCUAAGUACGUUAUAUCAAAAUAUAUUGACGUAAAUGA